AUGGUCUCUAUGAUCGAAACCUCCAAUUCUACACACAAUGACCCGGCCAUGGACCCGGUCGUGCCCAAACCAGAACCCCUUGCGGAGGGGUCCAUCAGUUCAGCGGUAUCAACUCCCGAUCCGGAGGGGGAAUUGAUGCCCCAGGAUGUGACCCAGACGCAAAAGCGAAAGGGUGGUCGAAAACCUAUCUAUGCCACUUCCGAGGAACGGAAGCAGCGUAACCGUCAGGCCCAGGCGGCCUUUCGCGAACGUCGCACCGAAUAUAUCCGCCAGCUCGAGUCCACCAUCAAGCGCAAUGAGGAAACCCUGCAGACCCUGCAGCAAAACCAUCGCACCGCUGCGGAUGAGUGUCUAAUGUUGCGCUAUAAAAACUCCUUGCUGGAGAGGAUCCUUUUGGAGAAAGGUAUCGAUGUCCAGGCCGAAUUGCGCUUGAAGACGGGCAAUCCCGGGGCCACGGCGGGUAAACCCAACCCGGUGGCUCCCAAACCGUCUGCGUCGCUGGAACGGGCCGCCGUGAAUCGGAACACCGCCCAGCGGCAUCCUACCGGGAUUGCCCCGAAAGGAGAUUCGUUUGGCAUGUCACAGCAUCGGGAGGGCGCCUACGGGAUCCCGUCCCCACAGUUCCAGGCCACCCCGCCGUCACAUGUCUCGUCGCCGUCGCACACCAAGUCCCCGGGAUUCGCCUACCAGGGCGCGAUCUCCCCCGUUGCGAUCGACCCGCAGCAGGCUCAACAGCAAGCCCAGCAGCGCUCCCAGAUGUUGUCGCACUCGCGGAACGUGAGCCAAGCCUCACCUCCCAUCAGCCUCGGCCAGCCCGAAACGGCCGACCUCAAGGCUACCAUGCCGGCACAAUCUCGCGCCGCACGGGUCGCAUCGGCCUACUAUCCAUCGCCCUUUCAAAAACACUAUGACCAAUUAGAACAAGAAUACGACGCGCAGGCGGAUCUGCUCGAUGAGGAACAUGAGCCUACCUCGCAGUACAUGUCGGGCUUCAACCCCGGCGCCUCGGUUUCCUCCCUGGGAGCUCGUGGCCUGGCCCAGUUCAACCCCCCGGCGAGCGAAGGGUCCAAUGGCGCAUACAACAACGCCAACCCACUACUGGGGAAUUAUGAACCCAUGUUAGACACGGACCCGUUUGGACUGAGCGCCAGCAUGCAUUUCCAGACCCCAUUUAGCUACGAGCAAAGCGGUGCCCGGCCAUAA